AUGGCAUCGUUUCUCUGUGAGAUUGGGUACGGCGCGAUGGUCGUGCUGGGAAUGGUGCUUGGCAUGACAGCUGUGCUUGGCUCUCAUCUCGAUAUACUGGUUCUAUUGCCUAUAAUUCCUUUACUUCUAUCACUAGUUUUCCUGUCAUUUAUACCGGAGACGCCGAAAUAUCUGAUGAUUAUGAGAGGUGAUAGGAAAAACGCGCUACGAUCGUUGGAUUUCUUCCGUGGCAACCGGAAAGAGAACGAACAGCUUCUCGAUUUGUACGAGCGCGAGAAACUUCAGGAAGUGUCAGAAGAACGAUCGUCGCUCAAGGAGAUUUGCCAGACGUGGAACUUGAGACAAGCCGUGUUGUUAGCGGUCUCAGUGCUAUUCCUGACAUGGUCGUUUUACCCGAUGCUAACUUCAUCGACCGUAUUCUUCAAACAAUCUAAUAUUCACAGACAUGCAGCUGAACUGAUCUCCGCACUAUUAAUGGUCGUUUUCACGAUCUCCUCUGUUAUUGGUUCUUCUUUCGUGGACAAGUACCCGAGACGUUUCCUUGUGCUGUUUUCUGGGAUCCUGAGCAACUUUUUCCUGGUAUUAUUCGCCGUAUUCUCAUUGCUGGCAUACAUCAGCCCCUGGAUCAGAUACGCCUGUAUUGCUUCAGCAGUAUGUUACUGCAUUUCAUUUGGCAUGGUGCUUGGUCCCGUCUCAUGGUUUGUUGCGCCAGAGCUCGUGCCGGUCAAAUACAAAUCUUUAGUGUUCUCCUUAUGCUUUGGUGCAAACAACGUUUUCAUAGCUAUUACUGAUUUUCUGGCCAUAAUUCUCUUUCAGAAGUAUGGUGCCAUUGUCUUCAUUCCGCUCUUCACCAUACCGUCAUGUGUCUGUCUUGUGUUCAUCUAUUUAUAUCUUCCGGAGACAAAGGGUAAAGAAAUCGAGGAAAUCAUCAAUGAAAUGCUCAUAAUGGCGAAAAAAUCGCCGAUAACGGGAGAAGAAAAUUCACAGCGGGUACGACCGAAAUGUAAAGUUUUUGCGACACAAUCGACACCGGUUGUUUCGACGUGA